AUGCUCGCGCUCACCUCCUCGGGAUACUGCGCGUAUCGCUGGCUGAAGAGGAGCAGCGAUCUUCAAGCUGCUGAACUUCAAGCUGCUCACGGAUCUGUUGUUGAUGAUGUGGAGGAAACCGAGACCACCGAGGUCACUGAUCCAAGCGUCCAGCUCCUUUGCUCUGAACACGACCCUCAGAUGUCAGCUGAUGCCCUGGUCACUGAGAUAAAUAUCCAGCUCCGGAGCACCAGCCUUGACCCUCAGAAGUCGGCUGUCAUUCUCGUUGAAGGGGCUGCUGGAUAUAGCUAUUCUUGCAGUCAGACACUGAUCCAGUCUGAUCCAGUGAUCAUCAAACCUGAUCAGUCUCAUAAACUGACCUGCACAGCCUCUGGAUUAGACAUUGGAGGCUACUGGAUGGACUGGAUCAGACAGGCGCCUGGAAAAGGACUGGAAUGGGUUGCAACUAUAACAUCUGACAGUAGUAGCAAAUAUUACUCCAGCACUGUUAAGGGCCGCUUCACCAUCUCCAGAGACAACAAUUCUUAUGGACAGUCCUCAGCUUCUGUGGUGAAGAGACCUGGAGAGUCCAUCACUCUGUCCUGUACUGUCUCUGGAUUCUCAGUGGGAAGCAUAUUCACUCAGUCAUUGCAGGGCCAGUUCUCCAUCACUAAAGACACCAAUAAAAACAUGCUGUACCCUUGAAUAGCUUGUCA